CCGUUCACGUUGACAUAGGUGCAGUCAUGGCGCAAAAUGCCGACCGUCUGGAUGGAAGAGCGCACCAUUAGCGUCUGUCAUGUCGCCAUCAACGAAGGGCUCAAGAAGUUUGAUUUUUUUCCCCUCUUGUCGGAGUGGAGGUCAGCAUGGCACAAAGUUGGGGAGGUGAGUCGAGCGUGCAAGCUGCACUGUUAGAGACUUUUUACGAACGACCUUGCCGGUAUUUCGCGGCUGCCGUGUGCCAGGGCUACUCGAUAGGAAGAAAGAAUGACAGCUGCUUGCCCCAUCGCCUCUCUCUCGCGAUUGUGAAGCUGCCUCAAGCUCCAGCAACACGCGCACCAAGUCAAAUGCCUUCGAGUGACGUCUUGAAACAACUUGGUCGAGAGAGCUGAAAGCGCUUUCGCUGCUGCAUCUGCUGCUGUACGUCAAGCUUCAAGACAAGAGGCUGCAACACCAGACACCUCGUCACUUCGAUCAUUUGCUCUACACUUACAAAGUCAAGUUGCACAAUCGCGACACCUGCGCAGAAAGGCCUGCGGAGACCGCACCACAUUGACUCGAACGAGGCUGC